GAGGAGCUGACAAUAAUCACCAAGAUAUUGAACAUUUAAAGUUCUGCUUCUAAGAUCCUGCUAAGAUGAAGACGUUCAUGGUUGCACUUGCAGUGGCUGUCGUGCUCACAUUUAUCUGUACUCAGGAGAGCUCUGCUGUCCAAGCCAGUGAGGUCCAUGAGCUGAUGGAGGCAGUGGCUGAUGACGGUCUAGUUGCUGCAGAAGAAGAGAUGUCAGUAGAUUCAUGGAAGAUGCCGUAUCACUCCAGAGAGAAGCGUGCAGCCAGAAGGAAACGCUGCAGUUUUUGCUGCGGAUGCUGCCCAGGCAUGGUCGGCUGUGGGACAUGCUGCAAGUUCUGAGAGCUCCUCCACCAUGUUGGAGCACAAACUCCAACCACAACAGACUCCUGUGUUGAAUACGUUUACACUGAGCUAACUUCAACUGUACUUUUGGUUAGAAAUAUCUCAUGUUG